UUCAGCUAUAAAAGUUUCAAAUUGAAUUAAGACAAUACUCCACCGAUAUUCUCCCUAUAGUUUUUUUUUCUUUUUUGCUUACAGUUUUUGGGGACUUUUUCAUCCAUUAGAACUAAACCCAGAACUCUAAUGGAAGCUAAUUCAAGAAGAUUAAUGGGUUUAGAGAAGAAGAAAAAUGUAGAAGAAGAAUGGAACAAUAUUUACAACUCUAAACACCAUCUAUCUCGUGCUGAUUUUCCUUCCCACUUCGUAUUUGGUGUCGCCACUUCUGCUUAUCAGGUUGAAGGUGGAAGCAAAGAGGGAGGAAAGGGUCCUAGCAUAUGGGAUUCCUUUUCACAUACUCAAGGCAAAAUAUGUGAUGGACGCACUGGGGAUGUGACUGUAGAUCAGUACCAUCGCUACAAGGAAGAUAUUGAUCUCAUAUCCAAGCUGGGAUUUAAGGCUUAUCGUUUUUCAAUAUCGUGGAGUCGCAUCUUUCCUGAUGGUUUGGGUACCAAAAUCAACCAUGAAGGCAUAAAGUACUACAAUGAUAUUAUUGAUGCACUACUUGAGAGGGGCAUUGAGCCUUGUAUAACAUUGUAUCAUUGGGAUCUCCCUUUGAAUCUUGAGGAAUCUUGUGGAGGCUGGUUAGAUGAACAAACUGUAAAAUAUUUUGCCAUCUAUGCAGAGACUUGCUUUGGUAGCUUUGGCAAUAAAGUGAAGAGGUGGAUUACAAUUAAUGAACCUCUUCAGACUGCUGUAAAUGGAUAUUGUACCGGUAUACAUGCCCCUGGAAGAAGUGAAAGUUCUUCUACUGAACCAUUCUUGGUAGCACACAAUCAGUUGUUGGCACAUGCCGAAGCUGUUUCCAUUUAUAGGAAUAAAUUUAAGGAUGAGCAAGGAGGGGAAAUAGGCCUGGUGGUGGAUUGUGAAUGGCCUGAGCCUUUAUCGGAUAAUUUAGAGGACAAAGCUGCUGCAACAAGGCGCCUUGAUUUUCAGCUUGGAUGGUACCUGGAUCCAAUAUUUUUUGGAGAUUAUCCUGAAAGCAUGCGUGAAAGACUUGGAGAUAGGCUUCCAAAAUUUUCACAGCAAGACAGGGAGUUGCUAAAACAUUCGUUGGACUUCAUUGGUCUGAAUCACUAUACUUCAAGAUUUGUUGGUCAUGCAGCAAAUAGUGUUGAAGGGAAUGACUUCUAUAAGAUACAGGAUGUAGAGAUAAUUGCUGAAUGGGAAGGAGGAGAGGUGAUCGGUGAGAAAGCGGCAUCAUCAUGGCUUUAUGUAGUUCCUUGGGGAAUUCGGAAAGUUCUAAAUUACAUUGCAGAGACAUAUGACAAUCCACCAGUGUAUAUCACUGAGAAUGGUAUGGAUGAUGAAGAUGAUGACAUAUCUCCUCUCCAUGAGAUGUUGGAUGAUAAAUUAAGAGUUACUUACUUCAAGGCGUACCUUGCUGCUAUUCAUCAGGCAAUCUUGGAUGGUGCUAAUGUAAGGGGUUAUUUUGCGUGGUCAUUGCUGGAUAACUUUGAAUGGAAUCUUGGUUAUACAAAACGCUUCGGUCUGACAUAUGUGGACUUCAAGAAUGGGCUAACCCGACAUCUGAAAUCUUCUGCUUACUGGUUCAUGAGAUUCUUAAAAGGUGGACAAGUAAAACAUGGGAAAGAAGAUUAACCAAUUUCUUGUGUUAUGAAGUUAGCAGCUUAUAUUUUCAUCUUUUCUUUUUCUACCGACUCUUUGUAUACUGCUUUUAAGGCUUUUUACAUGGAAAACUUUUCUAUCUUUCUUGUA